AUCGUAUCACUUGUAUUUCAGUCGGUAUCAAGGAUCACACUCUGUUUGAGGGCUUCAGAGCGUGCGCGUGCAUCUUCACCAUUGAAGAAAAUAUCGUACAUUGAUAUUUUGGAUUUAAGUUUUCUUUCGUCCGUUUUCGCCCUAAGGGAUACAGAGCUGACUGCAUAUCUAGAAAAAAAAUGAGUGCCUUCCUGAAAAACUUCGUCGACGGCUACCAUGAUCUGAUGAUCAACAAACGAGACACAAGAGUGGAUGGGUGGCUGUUAAUGAGUUCGCCAUUCCCAACUUUACUGAUUUGCGCGUGCUACAUCUACUUCGUGAAAUAUUUGGGACCGAGACUGAUGCGUGAUCGGAAACCCUUUGAGCUCCGGUCAGCAAUCAUUGUUUACAACGUCAUUCAAGUAGUCUCCAGCAUUUACUUAGUAUACAAGGGAUUGGUUCACGCAUGGCUGUUCCGCUAUAGCCUUCGUUGCCAGCCAGUCGACUAUUCUGAUGACCCAGAUGAGCUGAUCGUCGCCCAGAUGUGUUGGUGGUAUUACUUCUGUAAAUUCACCGAAUUUUUGGAUACGAUUUUCUUCGUCCUACGGAAGAAGUUUGACCAAAUCACCAAUUUGCACGUAAUCCACCACAGCAUCAUGCCAGCCGCCGUUUGGUGGGGAGUGAAAUUCACUCCCGGUGGCCAUGCCACCUUCUUUGGAAUGCUGAACACCUUUGUUCACAUCAUCAUGUAUACUUACUACUUGUUAGCAGCAAUGGGGCCGAAAUAUCAAAAAUAUCUGUGGUGGAAAAAACAUUUGACAACAAUGCAAAUGGUACAAUUUGUUACUGUCUUUUUCCACACGGCUCAGCUUUUCUUCAUUGAAUGCAACUUCCCCAAAAUCAUCGCGUACAUCAUGUGCUUUAAUUCAGUGAUGUUUUUAAGCCUUUUCUCGAAUUUCUACAUACAGGCUUAUAUAAAACGCCGCCGACUGCCCGCCAUUAAAAAGGACGACGAUCAUCAUGAUGGCUUGCAUAACGGAUUAGCUAAUCACAGCGGCACAUCUUCCGACAAAGCUACUAGCAGCAAAAAUAGUGGCAAAGAAGAAAAAGAACGACGUGGAGUCGGAAAGAUGAUUACUACCAUAAUGACCAAUGCGUCAGCUGCUUGUUACAUUGGUCAGAAUGGUCUCUAUCAGUCAAAAGACAAAACGAAAGGAGCUGACUCCUGCAAAAGUAAAGCCAACUUCAACGGCAAAUCUAAUAGCCAUUUACAUAACCACACGAAUGGCCAAUUUGCAACCCAGAAGAAAAAUUUGUAAAAGCUCCGCAGCUCAGUUCCGACUUGCCAAAUUGAAAUUGUCAAGUUCCACUCUCUUCCAAUGUUUCCUUCGUUGUUUUAAAACUUUACCCUUUUCAUAUUGAUCUUGCGGCCGUUUUAUUGAUAAUCAGAUAUUAAACACUCUUGCAUCUGGAUGCAAAAGUAAGGGAAAACAGGCAAAACACACACGCUAAAGAAAUGUAACAGGAGUGUAUAUAUGCCGGAAAAUUUUACUCAAUGCAUAUGCAGUGACGCAUUUUUGACGUCGGCCCAAUACAAGCAGAUUCGAUAUUUCAAACUA